UUGUGGGAGGAAGCCGAUUAUCAGGAUACUCUUGCUUUACAACACUUUGGUCCACUGAGAAAUCUUAUUACAGGUUGUACCUAUCCAGGAAAAGGACACGACUUUUUAUCAGUUUCUGUUGCUCAUCCGACUUGGUGUGAUAAAUGUGGAGAUUUUAUGUGGGGGUUUUUGACAAAGGCUGUGAAAUGUGACAAUUGUAAUUACACGUGUCACGCAAAGUGUAGGUCGUUGGUAACACUUGACUGCAAAACAGCUGACAGCACUUUGAGUUCUUGUCAAGAAUUAUCAAUGACUCCAAUUUAUCCCAGUUUAAAAGUGUUUGCUGAAAGUGACGAUAUUUUAGAGGUUUUUACUUUUCCAUUUUUUAGCCAAAAGGACGAAACAAGUGGUUUUGUACAAAUUCAUAUGAAUUUUAUGCGGCCUAUCAAUGUAGUCGCUGGGGACUCACUUUCAUUUUUAGAUGUUACCAGGUCACUGACUACCAAUUCACUGAGAACAAUUACACCAUUUUUCCUCCCAAGAAAUACUGUCAAAAAUGUAAAUAUAAGUAGCAAGAUGACUACUAGAGAAAUGAUCGUAACAUUAUUGAGAAAAUUCAGAGUGGCAGACAAUCCUCGAAAAUUUGCAUUAUAUGAGCGCUUUUGUGAUUUUUCCGAAGAUGCAGCUGUGCAAAAUUAUAAUUUGGUGCGUAUUCCGGACGAAUCAUAUCCUCUCAUUAUUGUGCGAUCUUGGGAAGAAGAAGGUAAAAAAAGGCAGUUAGUUUUACAGGAAAACGACACAGGAGAUAUUUUGUGGGACAUGUUUGAAAUACCAGAACUUGAAAACUUUUUAAGAAUAUUGGAAGACGAAGAGAAGCAGUAUUCUUUUAGAAUACGACAGAAAUACGAUGCAUAUAAGUUCACAAUUUUUUCUACUACACUUGAAAAGCAUUUUUUUAGUUUCUUUCUAAUCAGUUAUUUUCAUAUGCACCAUAUGGUAUGGAUAAAUUUUAGAUGGUAUUUGGAUGAAAAUUUGCACAGUCGAGGUGUUUCAGUGGAUAACAAUGAAUUCAAUGCAGUAAAAGCAAAUUCUUGUAUAUCUACCGAUGUUUAA